AUGGUAAAGAAAGGAAAAAAAUCAUUAACUGAAGCGAGAACAUCUCUUGGUGGUCUUUCGAGACCUGGCACUGCUGGUAGUGAUACAGAUAGCGACAGUGAUGACGAUCAAUUUUCUGAGGAAGAAGAUCAGUAUUAUGAAGAUGUGGUAAGUGGGGUGUUAAGUUUAGCUAAAAUGAAGACAAUGCAAUGAAAUCCAAAACGACGUUAGGGAAUAGGGCAUUUUGUAAUGCCUCACUAAAGUAUGGAACAGUAGCAGUCUUCCCACUUCUAUAAGGAAUGUAAAUAACAGAGGAGGAUUGAAGAAAACUCUGGUAUUCCAUAUUUCCACAUUGCUAUACAAGUAUUAGAUGUUAUUAUAUAUCAAUAGUAAAAGUCGCAUUUUUCUAGUGUUUUAUUGGUUGAGAGCAUAUCACGUGAGAGUGAUGAAAUUAGGCCGUGUCCCUCGCAACAGCGCGAGAGGGAGAUAAUACGUUAUCGACCGGCGAAUAACAAAAAAAAUCAUGUGCGCCAUCACAUAAAGAUGCAACCUUUGGACAUGCCUAGAACGUAAUGCAGUAAUUAAAACUUUCGCUUUAAGUAACUGCAGUGUAGCCAGUGUUUAAUAUAACGUUUUAACAAUAAAAUAUUUCAUGUAUUUAUGUUCAUUUGUUCUUUAAUUUGUUGUUUCUUUGACUAUUGAUAUAUAAUAAAACACUUAUUUACUGAGACCUCGGGAAAGCAGUGUGUUUUGUUGACCCUCGACCGUCGAUGUUUCCCUCGGCUUCGCCUCGGGAAACAUCAACGGUCUCGGGUCCACAAAACACACUGUUUUCCUCGGUCUCAGUAAAUAAGUGAUAAUUAUUAUUCAGGGCCGUAGCCACUGGUUCGGUUGGUCCGAUUUCAACCAGACCACUUUCCGGAGCAACAAAAAGUGUUAGACUUUGCGCCAAUAUGAUACAGUAGGUAAAGUUUUAUCUUGGAGGCCAAAAUGGUUAUGAUUAAGACAUUUUCUUUGGGCGAGUAUCAUCAUCAUUAGGGUAAUCAAUUUUGGGACUCGAAUCUAACUGUACCACUUAUAAAUUUGUGGCUACGGCCCUGUUAUUAAUAUUAAUAUUAUCUUAUCCUCAGGUUGUUGAUGAAGAGGACGAGAAAGCUUUGGAGAUGUUCAUGUCCAAAGAACCACCACAGAGACGAACGCUUGCUGAUAUUAUCUUGGAGAAAAUAAAAGACAAGAAAAGCGAGAUUGAAAGUCAAAUGUCAGAACAAAGUCAAACACCGCCUAUGGAUGAACGACUUGUCAAAGUUUUUAAAGGGUAUUAAUUAAAUUAAUCAUAUUUAAAAAACUCAUUGAUAAUUCAUGAGGAAAAGACAAAUGAAAUCAUAGACGGAUUUUCAUAUUUUUUACUGGGGUUGUGCCAGAAAUUUUAGGGGGGUGAGCUGUGAGCAGGUGACUGAAGCAACACAAAGUGUCACCAAACCCCAGUAAGGUCUAUAUUCUAGGGGUGGAGCACUAGAGCCGCGAGGGGGAGUCUAGAGAGCAGAAAACAAAGUAUCACACGAAAAAUUUGAAAAAAAUCAUGAUUUGUAGCUUCGAAAAAAAGUUUUUUGAAGUUGUCAUAUCAAUGGAUUUGGCAUGUCCGAUUGUCUGUUGAGACUUGAGAGAGUUAAAGCUAAAUGAACCUGUAAAAGUGUAAACCCAAUAGGCCAAUACACAAUAUGCUUUUACUUUUAUAACGUCAUUGACAUUGUGUUGUUUGAAUCUGAGUAUAAUUUAUGAUGCAACUCCGAUGUUAAUAAUAUUUGGGGCGUAAAGAUUAAAUCUAGGCAAGUCUAUUUCCUAAAGAAUUAAAAACUAAAAAUAAUGUUCGUAAAAAUUCCAAACGUCCCUUGCGAGCAAGCUAUUUGCUAAGCUAUUUGCAUGACAAGGCACUGCAAACUCUAUUCUUCAGGGGAGAUAAUAGAGUUUCAAAACUUUACAAUUGGUCCAAUAAACCAGUGAAUGCAAGCGACGAGCGAUUAGUUUCAGAGUAUUGCACUGUCUUUUACUAUUUGAGUGUACUCCUACAUUUAUUUUGUAUCAUCAACACUCUGCACGUUGGAGUGGACUAUUUAAUUAUUUUGUAUUAUGCCGAAUAUUGGGGGGGGGGUUGAAAAUAUUUUUGGAGGGGUGGACAUUUUGUUUGGGAGGGUUAUAGCUAAUAUUGGGGGGGUAGCACCCCCCUGCACCACCCCACAAAAUCCGUCUAUGAAUGAAAUCGCUACCAUGUCGGUGGUUUUAUAUGUGAUAAAAAAUCAUGUUCAUUUACGUAAACUUUGGCUUUCAUUUUCUCGGCUUAGACAACAUUGAUUUUUAAAAUUACGCCAAUGAAUUCAUAAGAUGGGUAAUUUUUAAGCCAUUUAAAACACUCGCAGUCUGUGUUUUAUUAUAUGUAAGACACUCGUGUUUUAUAUCUGACGAAGCACUUUUGCUUGUGUUUUAAAUACUGUAGUGCAUAAUGAUUUACGAAAUAAUGUUAUGUGUAGAACUGGCCUAUUUUUAAAAUACACACGUAAAAACGCACAACUUACUGUAUAACAAACGGUUGCCAAGCUCAAUAGACUCGUUGCAAGUUGUUCAGGUAACUUGUUAUCGUCCUGCGAAUCUGCGAUUCAACAAUUUGUCAACAAGUUUUGAGUGACAACCUUGUAGCAACUUGAUAAAAUAACAGCAUUACAACUUGAUGACAAGCUUGCUACAAGCCUGUUGCACACACACACACAUUUUUACGUGUGUAAUUGAAAGAAACCCACACAUUAUAAUCAAUUAAAUUUCGUUGCAGGCAAACGUAUUUUAAGUUCUUUGUAUUACGUAAACGUACAGUACAAUCAGUGACAAAACACUUUGGACAAAAUAGCAAAAGAGCGUAUUACGCAUUUACAACAUAAUCGACCCCCCACACCCCCCGUUCAAUGUUGUGUGUGGAAAUACCUGCGCAAAAUGUUCCUUGCCAGCAACCCAACAUUGUUUAGGGUGGGGGAGGGAGGGAUAGUGGCUUUAUGCUGAAAUUUGGAAAUGCGGAGAUAUGUAUAUAUUAUACCACUGUCCAAAAAUCUUUUGUCACUGAUUGUAGCUGAUGGUUCGUUGUAACAUCUCCAUACGACCAUAGUAAUGUGAAGUGAUAUUUGUAUUUGAUAUACAAGGCUAAUAGUUAUAAAUGUACAAUGUUGAUGCCAAAAUGAAAAGAUGUUUGACAAGUUGUCGUUUUUGCCUUUUAGUGUUGGUGACAUUCUGAGCAAAUAUCGAUCAGGCAAGUUACCAAAAGCAUUCAAGAUCAUUCCAUCAUUGCAGAAUUGGGAAGAGGUAAUACUCUGAUGUUUGCGGUGUUACUCUGAGUGUGCAUCCACACCGGGCAAGCUGAAACGUUUGCCUGACCACGGUGGGAAUUGAACCCGCAACCUUUGCCUGGGACACUAGUCCAAUGUGCGAGCUACGAGGUCAAGUCAUACUCGUCAAGUCGAGGUCAAGCCAUUAUAACUUCAAUCUUGAAAUUUAAUGCAUGUAAAGUUAUUUGAACGAAGAGAAAAGUUGUACUUGAUGGUCUGAGGCCAAUACAGUACAUCUUCACUAUAUAAAUAUUCAUGAAAUGAUUUCUAGGUAGUCUAUGUCACCAAUCCAGAAAGUUGGACUGCCGCGGCUAUGUAUCAAGCAACGAGGAUAUUCGUAUCAAAUUUGAACGCCAAAAUGGCACAGAGGUAACAUGUCAUUACUACUCUCUUGGAAAGUUAGACAUGAAAUUUGGUUGUAGUGAUUGACCGAUUGUGCAGAAUCGGAAACUGUUACUGAUACCGAUGCCGAUUUUAUAAUGACGUCAUAAUAUCAGACCGAGUAAAUGUAACAUCAUUCAUGUCGACAUUUUAACGAUAAUUUCCAACGUAACACGUUACUGCAACCAAAGAUCGUUAAAACCGUGAAAUGUACCAACGUGCAAUGCAUUUUAUAAUUUUUAAAGUGUUUAUUUUCUCAACAAUCGGUUUUAGACAGUCACGGAAAUAUAGAUAAUUCUACCGAUUCCGAUUGUUUACCGAUGAGGCAAAAAUCGGCCUGAUGCCAUGAGAAAGUCAUUUAAUUGAUCUCAGCUGAUUUACUAAUAAAGAUAAGAUUACUAAUCAAAAACAAAAGUAAACAAUUUUGUGUAGCAAUAAUAAUUUCUGGCAAAACAUUGAAACAACUUGCCCGAGGAAGAAGCAACUUCUACCUGCCUGUAAUGACUUUUACUUGGCCCGGGUGAGCGGAUAACUGCUAAGUUACAGUACGUCGCUGUCUAUAUUGGGCGUUCAGUUGCUGGGAAUUUAGACAAGCCAGCCUUUGCAAUUCAGCCUUAAAUGUGUCUCUCUAGUUUCAGCUGAGCUGUCAAACGGCUUUGCCUUUUGUAGAUUCUUCAAUUUGGUAUUAUUACCCCGUGUUCGUGAUGACAUAGCUGAAUACAAAAGACUCAAUUAUCAUUUAUAUCAGGUAUUGUAAACAUCUGUACUCACUGAAUCUGUAAAGUUGAACCUGAAUAUAAAUAUUUUCGUCUUAUCUGCUUAUUUCAUUAAUAGGCUCUAAAGAAAGCUUUCUUCAAACCAGCCGCAUUUUUCAAAGGAAUUUUAUUACCAUUGUGUGAAGUGAGUGGGCAUUUGCAUAAGCAUAUUUCAAUCCGGGAAAGACAGUUAUAUAGGCCCAUUUUCAUUGCGCAGAAAGAAAGUUUUGUAAAAUGUGAUUGGCCGACACAAAUUUUCCGUCGGAAAAAAGUUUUGAAGUUCAAAAUUUUCAACCUCAUAUUUUUUAAUCAACUUUGUAACCAACAGGCUUGUAACAUUCGUGUUAUGUAUCAUGACUGUGUCAGACUUGUUAGAACAACCUUUUGACAAAUCUGAAUGUCUGAUAAUGCCAUCAAGCUUGUUACAAGUUGUUAACAGCUUGUUCCAAACUUGUUACAACAACUGGGAACAAGCAGUGCGAGAACAACUUGUUGACAGCUUGUGAAUAGACUUGUAACAACUUGUUUGCAGACUUGUAACAACGUGUGCGUUUUUACGUAACUAAACCUCCACAAAAAUGUACCACAUUUGUCUACACACGUAAAAACGCACAAGUUGUUACAAAUCUGUUCGCAAGCUGUCGACAAGUUGUUUUCGCACUACUUAUUCCCAGUUGUUGUAAAAAGUUUGGAUCAAGCUGUUAAGUAUAGCUAAUAGCAUGGUUUCGAGUGCAAUUUGGAUAUAACAUGCACGAGUGAGUUUUUCAAAGACCUCAAAAUAGCACGAGUCCGAAGGACGAGUGCUAUUUGAUGUCUUUGAAAAACUCACGAGUGCAUGUUUAUCCAAAUUUCACGAGAAACCAUGCUAUUACUUAUUAAUAAUUUACAUAAAAAUGUUCGAGACAAUUGUAGUUUUAACUUACGCGUUUAUAGCGAACAUUCCACCGGAAAACUUUUCCUGGCUUUGUUAUAUCACAUUAUGCAACGCUAACAGCUUGAAAAUUCCACUCAACUAUGUAAUUUUUGUUAGUCUUGUUUAAGGUAAGUGCUUUUCCAUUUAAAAAUAAAGAUAAAAGCCAUAUUUUCCACGCGAAGGCAACUUUUACUUUGUGUAGCGCGGCGCCAUGUUUGUUUUGUUUUGAAGCAAUCUGUGACAGUUACUUCUUUAAACUAAAAUGCUUUAAACUGAUUGGUUGAUUUAAUCAUCACAAUGUUUUUCCACCAAUCAGAUCAGUUUGUUACAGAUUUUUGCACUGUGAUUACAGAAAAUUGCACUGUGAUUACAAAAAAUUGCACUGUGAUUACAGAAAAUUGCACUGCUGUUUGGAAUUAUAACUGCACUGAAAUCAACCAAUCACAGUCGAGUAAUAUCUUUAUGUAUAUUAUUACAACUUGUAACAAGCUUGAUGGCAUUAUCAGACAUUCAGAUUUGUCAAAAGGUUGUUCUAACAAGUCUGAUACAGUCAUGAUAAACAAGAAUGUUACAAGGUUGACGACACAAGGUUUUAACAAUAUUGUUAUAUCAUGACUGUAUCGGACUUGUUGGAACAACCUUGUAACAAGUCUGAUAAUAUCAACAAGGUUGUUACAAAUUGUUAACAGCUUGUUCCAAACUUGUUGACAACUUCUGACAAGCAGUGCGAAGACAACUUGUUGACAAACUUGUUACAAGCUAGAUGUGAGAUUUUUGCGUGUGUAGUCGGAUAACGAAUUUGUUUUAGGAAUUUAUUGGCUUGUCAAGCUCAGCAGACCGCGGUUAGCUAUACUUUUGGCAUUGAAAAUCUUGCAAUCGUUGUUGUAGUACUAGUCAAAACUAAGCCUCCUCAAAAAUGUACCACAUAUACCACACUCCACGUUCUAUUAGAAAUUUCUAGUUUCAUUAAUUUAUUUAUUUAUUUUUCAUUAGUCUGGCACGUGCACUCUUCGUGAAGCGAUCAUCGUUGGUAGUGUGGUUACUAAGACUAGCAUACCAGUCCUCCAUGCCAGCGCGGCCAUGUUGAAACUCGCUGAAAUGGAUUAUUCUGGUAAGAAACAUUUCACUGGCACUACUUCUAUAAACAUUAUAUAUGAUCAAGGGUGGAUAGUAGCGAAGUAGUUGUAUAUAGUUCGCCACUGUAGCGAAUUAAAUUUUCAGGUAGCGAGCAGUUUUUGACUUUAGUAUAUAUACUUUUUUAAGACACUACACUUUUUUAGUAGCGAAGUAGUUGAUUACUUUUCAAGCAACAAUUGCUAUUCGCUGCUAAUUUUCGAAUAAUUCUGAAAUAGACAUAAAAUAGAAUAUUUUAUGCCAAAUCUCACUGCAAGUAGAUACAGUAAUGCUGUUACGUUUAUAGACUAUAUACAUGUAGUUGAAGGGUCUUGUACACACAUAAAAAUAUCACAACUUGUCCACAAGAUGUGUUCGCAACAGGCUUGUAGCAAACUUGUCAACAAGUUGUAACAAUGCUGUUAUUUUAUCAAGUUGUUACAAGGUUGUCACUCACAACUUGUUGACAAAUUGUUGAAUUGCAGGACGAUAACAAGUUGUUGGAACAACUUGUAACAAGUCUGUUGAGCUAAACAACUUUGUAGCAAGUUGUCAACAAGUUGUUGACAACUAGUCAACAAGCUGGGAACAAACAGCGCAAACACAACCUGUUGACAAGUUGUUGGAAUAGCAUUGCUACAAGUCUGCUGCAGGUUUGUUACAACUUGUGCGUUUUUGCGUGUGUAGAUGGAAAUAAUCCGUACUAGCGUAGGUCUUCGACUACAUUUAUAACAAAGUUCAUGUAUUUGUCUUGUUUAGGUGCCAACAGCAUUUUGCUGCGGUUACUUUUGGACAAGAAAUAUGCGUUACCAUAUCGUGUUAUCGAUGCAGUGGUCUUUCAUUUUUUAAGGUAUAUUUCAUGCUAAGUAUAUAAUAAUUACAAUAAAGCAUUGUGCUGUAAACGUUUUUUUAAACACAGCAAAAUACACCAAACAAGACGAACUACAGAAUCGAAGGUGGAAAAAAGAUCUUGUAUUUUGACUUUUACUGUGCAGUAGCUACGAUAAUUCAGAGUCUGAGAUUUGCAGUAGCCCGAUAUCCUUAAAUUAAGAUACAAGAUACUAAAAUUUGGUUUGGAUACCAGAUUGUUGUGAAUGACUUGUAUCGCGACCAGACAUUACAACAUUCCAAACAUUAGAAGCAUGCUAAAUGUCUCUGGUGGCCUCUCAAUAGCUUUGAAUACUAUGAGCCUUCUUAUAAUAACCACCCUGAUUCCCAACUUUGUGGUCUAGUUGUUGACUGUUGAGUCUCCUGUUGUUUAUAACAAUGAGAGAUCUGUUCUGAAUACUUACUUGAGUUCAGGGAUGCCAAGACUUAUGGUAACCAGUAUUCAGAAGUAGAAUACUGGAUUCUCAGAUGGGAUACUAGAACUUUGAAUCCUGGUAUCCCAGUGGGGUACUUAAAAAUAAUUCCGACUUGUGGUAUGCAAUAGUGCAAUAUAUUACUUUUUUGUGACUUAUUUAACUUAUUUUUUCUAGGUUUUUGAGUGACAAGAGAACAUUGCCCGUUCUAUGGCAUCAAUGUUUCUUAACAUUUGUACAACGGUGAGCCAUUCUCCAUCUAUUUCUUUAACAGUUUAGAAGUGUUUAUUUCGUUCAAAAUUGGAAACAUUGAAAUACCAAAACAUUGUACCAGAGUGAACGAAGACAUUCGUACAAAUUCACCAAAGAAGCUUUUCAUAGAUCAUUAGAUUGCUGAGAGAAUGCUGAUUGCUGAGCAGGCGUUCAAUAUUUUAAUUUUUCUUUCCAGGUACAAAGAGGAUAUAUCUAGCGAACAGAAAGAGGCUUUACUUGAAGUUUGUCGAGCACAUACACAUGAUCAGGUACUCGUUGUACAAUUUUAAAAUACGCUCGACAGCUUAGCGUUCCUGCUUUAGGCUGCUUGGUUAAUCAUCAAGGAUUUGACAACACAGUGUUUAGUGCAUGUUAUAGCUGGAUAGCGUUUAUUGUCUACUGGUUACCAGUCAGGGAAAGAUGAUACCGCCUGCUAAAUAGUCUCACUUGGACAAUUCUUAUACUAUUUUAUUCCAUAAUAUACAAUACUGUUGUCCAUUGUCUAAUUGUGUGUUUUAUCUAAUAUCUGUGACACACGGCCGAUACGAGUCUGCGGGCAAUCUAGAGCAAAGAGCAGUUUACAUCUGCAUGUGAGAACUGUUUCCAAAUUCACUCCAGCAAACAGGUGCUCUCGUGACCUGUGCCCUGUGGUAAUGAAUGAAUCAGUAAGAGAUUAUACCAUUACUGGGCUUCAAGCAAGAACAGUUUGGAACUGACAGAGUUAUAGUUUAGUUCAGGUUUCCUCCUGUAGUAAGUACCAUUACUAGACUUUUAGGAAGAACAAUUUAGAACUGAAAGAGCUUCCUGUAUAAAUGAAGCUAAAUUACACUACGCCGAAAAGGGAUGAUCCUUGCUGGACCUCAAGGGAGAACAGUUUAGAACUGAUAGAGCUAUCCAGUAUAAAUACAGUAAAGUUAUUUUAUCUGUGUUGGUGUUGUGUACUCAGGUGAAUAAUAUGUUUGCGAUGUUACUCUGAGUGCAUAUCCACACCGGGCGAGCUUGAAAAAUAUGCCCGGCCACGGUGGGAUUCGAACCUACAGUACGACCUUUGGAAUACUAGCCCAAUGCUCUUCCAACUGAGCUACGCGGUCAGGACGGUUCGAGUAAGUGAUAUUUCGGAACAGUAUCUAGUUCCUUCUAUACCAAUGUGUUCUUACUAAUAUGAAUUUUUCUGUGUUGGUGUUGUGUACUCAGGUGAAUAAUAUGUUUGCGAUGUUACUCUGAGUGCAUAUCAUAGAAAUAUUAGACCUAGAAUGCGUGCUUGGUCACGUGACCGGUGUCCAAACUGAAAACAAAAAUGCCCUUAUAAAUCCGCCAUGUUGAAUUUGAGUAGGAGUGCAAACUACAAAGUAUAAACAAAACUAAACCUAUAAAGUUUUCAUCGUCAAAACGUUUGGUAUUUGUAGUUUGGGGAUAGAAUUUGAAAUAUUAAGUUCUUUAAAGGCUCAAAGCAAAUGUGCCGUUACAAAAACGGUGAAAAUCGUGCAGCCUUGUAUAAAAAACAAGUAGUUUUUUCGUGUAGUUUCGCGUAUAAAAUAUCACUUACUCAUAAAACAUUUUUGCAAGCUCUGAACGUAACUGUUUUGCUAAUACUUUAUAAAAUUACGAGAUGAUAGUUCAUUCUUCGUCGGGUUUUGUUUUUCUUCAAUCUAAACGAAGUGUUUUCAUGUUUUUGAAACAAAAAUAUUUAGUUGUUGUAAAUCGCCUAAAUGAUCGUCGAAAACAUAUGGUUUCAAAAGCGUUGCCUCAAGCUCAAGCAACGUAUAAAAAAGUAUAAAAAGUAGUUGAGUAAGUUUAAAAAGAUUAUCGAACUCUAUUUAUAUUAUAAAACAGUUGAAAUAUAUUUUUUAAAACAUACCUAUUGAGUUUCAGUUUGUCUUGAUUUUUCGUGUUUUGUUUUGGCUUGCACAGCAACGUUGAAAAUGUAUUUUGAAACGACGAUUUCUCUAUAUAUUCUGUUCAGAACUAUUGCUCUUCGUAAAAAAACCCACGGGAAUGGGUUUUUCUCCAUUAAAAACACUUUUUUUCCACUUCAAGUCUGGAUAGAAUUGUUUUUGCAAACUUUGUUGAAAAAAACAAUUCGCACUCCCGGCAACGCGCGAAAUUCCACGCCACAGGAGUCUGGGACUAGCCAAAAUGCCCUUAUAAAUCCGCCAUUUUGUGGAGACAAAAUUUUUACUGAGAAGAGAUAGGAGCACGCAUUCUAUGUCUAUUAUUUCUAUGGUGCAUAUUCACACCGGGCGAGCUUGAAAAAUAUGCCCGGCCACGGUGGGAUUCGAACCUACGACCUUUGGAAUACUAGCCCAAUGCUCUUCCAACUGAGCUACGCGGUCAGGACGGUUCGGUUCGAGUAUUCGUAGGUUCGAAUCCCACCGUGGCCGGGCAUAUUUUUCAAGCUCGCCCGGUGUGGAUAUGCACUCAGAGUAACAUCGCAAACAUAUUAUUCACCUGAGUGCACAACACCAACACAGAAAAAAUUCAUAUUACUAGAACACAUUGGUAUUGAAGGAACUAGAUACUGUUCCGAAAUAUCACCUACUCGAACCGUCCUGACCGCGUAGCUCAGUUGGAAGAGCAUUGGGCUAGUAUUCCAAAGGUCGUAGGUUCGAAUCCCACCGUGGCCGGGCAUAUUUUUCAAGCUCGCCCGGUGUGGAUAUGCACUCAGAGUAACAUCGCAAACAUAAAGUUAUUUUAGUUUGGUUUGUCUCCUGUAGUAACACUGGAUAAUAAAAGAUGAUUCUUACUGGACCUCUAAAGAGAACAGUUUAGAACUGAUCGAGCUAUCCAGUAUAAAUAGAGAUAGUUUACCUUAGUCCAGUAUAUGUUGCAAGCAAAACUCAAGUGUACAUUAAAUUUCAGAUCACACCCGAGGUUCGUCGUGAGCUCCUACAUUCCUCAUCAAGAGAUGUUGAAUUGAACAAUCAAAUGGAAGUUAAUACGUAG